AUGGCGUUCACCUUUGCGGCCUUCUGCUACAUGCUCACCUUGGUGCUGUGCGCCGCCCUCAUCUUCUUUGUCAUCUGGCAGAUCAUCGCGUUUGAUGAGCUCCGUACAGACUUCAAAAACCCCAUUGAUCAGAGCAAUCCCACUAGAGCGAGGGAAAGGAUUCUCAACAUUGAAAGAAUCUGCAACUUGCUUCGCAGGUUGGUGGUACCAGAGUACUCCAUCCACGGCCUCUUCUGCCUGAUGUUUAUGUGUGCUGGAGAGUGGGUCACUCUUGGCCUAAAUAUCCCACUGCUCUUCUACCAUCUGUGGAGAUUUUUUCAUCGACCAGCUGAUGGGUCAGAGGUCAUGUAUGAUCCUGUCAGUGUGAUGAAUGCAGAUAUUCUCAAUUACUGCCAAAAGGAGUCAUGGUGUAAACUGGGCUUUUAUCUACUCUCUUUCUUCUAUUAUCUCUACAGUAUGGUCUACGCUUUGGUGAGCUUCUAACAGACAAGAUAUCUGGAGAAAUAAAAGGAAGAAACUGUGUGAAAGGCUCAAUAGAAGAAAUGGAGGUCUUGACACACUCUCUCUCCAGUCCUUAACUGGCUUGUUUUUUUUCAAAGCCUAACCUUGGACAAAACAAAAAGACCAAUCUGAAUGAUAAUGUGAAUGUAAAGGUGUUGCCUCCGCUCGAUUCAAUCGCUUUAUCCUAGAUACCGCUGUUGGACAGCUGGACACAUUUUGGAAAGACUAAAAUGAAACAAAAGGAGGACAUUGCAGGUGUUUGUGUUGCCUUUGACCCACUACCCUAAAUAACAAUAUAUCUCUGAAGGGCUGGAGUUUUUCCGUGCUGCUCUUACUGAUCCAGUCCCUCAACUCACUGUGAAUCUCCAAACACUUCGGGGCUGGAAACAAAAUAAUACGUCUGUAUUCUCUGGCUUUGAAAAUGUACGCAAAGCAGAAAUGUCUUCUGUUUGAGUUGAUGGACAUCUCUGAAAUAAAACUUCUUGCUUUGA